AGUUAAAAAUGGCGAGCCGUCUCGUUCAUUUCCGACCGACGGCGAGACUUCGGUGGCUGUCUACAGCAACAGAAAGGGCAACGGCAACGGCAACGACAGCGACAACGGCUGUGACCCAAGAUACAGCAACGGCUGUGACCAAAGACAAGCCUAAUAUCUCUCUGUUCAGGAAACUGAAGGAGCUGAAUAUUGGACCAGGCUCAGACGCUAAUGUUUCAGUGGUUCUAGAUGAAUGGGCCAAUGAAAGUCAGGCUAAACGAUUCGAUGUUGCUAGACAAAUCAAUUUUCUCCGAUUCCGCAAACAUUACCAUCUAGCCCUCCAGCUAUCAGAAUGGCUGGAGAGCAGCAAGAUUGAGAUGAACAAUGCUGACCGAGCUGUGCAGAUUGACCUUCUUGCAAAAGCUAAGGGUAUUGCUUCAGCUGAAGUUUAUUUUGAUGGUCUUCAGGGAUCUGCAAAAACAAACAAAACUUAUGGAGCACUUCUUAACUGUUACUGUAAGGAGAAAAUGUUGGAUAAGGCUGUCCAACUCUUUGCCAAGAUGAAGGAGCUGAAUUUUACUUCCACUCUGAACUAUAACAAUGUGAUGUCUUUAUACUUGAGCAGUAACCAGCCCGAACAAGUCCCUCUGCUUGUGCAAGAAUUGGAGCAGAAUAAACUUAAAGCAGAUAAAUAUACUUGCAAUCUGUUGAUUAACAGCUAUGCUUCCUCAAAUGAUAUAAACGCAGCGGAGGAAGUUCUUGAAAAGAUGAAGAAAGAUAAGGUAAAGUAUGAUUGGUUCACUUAUGGGAACCUAGCAACUAUUUACGUCAAUGCUGGACUUCUUCCCAAGGCCAAAGAAAUGAUAGGAGAGAUGGAGAAAUUUGAAAAUGUGCGUGAUCGUGAGUUUUUCCAUAUGCUAAUCAACUUGUAUGAGCUUAUGUCUGACUUGGCUGGGGUUCAUCAUGUGUGGAACUCCCUCAAGUCAGUUUUCCCCUCCCCCAGUAACACUAGCUAUCUCAUCAUGCUGUUGGCUCUGUUUAAAUUGGGUGACCUGGAAAACCUGGAGAAGUAUUUUAGAGAGUGGGAAUCUCAAUGCUCAUUGUACGAUGUCAGACUAUUCAAUGUGGUCUUGGAAUCUUAUCUUAAUAGGAACAUGAUUGGGGAAGCUAAUGCUCUCUAUGAAAGUAUGGUGACCAAAGGAAUUGAUCCCACCUUAGCGACACUGAAUAUUUUCACAAUCUACCACAUUAAGAAUGAUCAGAUUGAUUCGGCUCUGAAGUAUCUGGAGAUGGGUGCAUGCAAGACAAUCCCAGAGGAACAUAGGUGGUUUCCUACAGAUGAGACUAUCAAAUUGUUUUUAGAAUAUUUUGAGAAGAAAAAUGAUGCGACUAGAGCUGAGAAGUUUUGUAACAGCAUGAAGAAGAUUGGUCGUCUUGAUUCUACCGUUUAUGCAUCUCUGCUUUCCAAAAGUUGAUGACUAGAUCACUGCAUCGAAGUAUAGAGGUGUUUCUGAUUUAAAUAUGGCAGUGAGAAGAGGCCUUGACAAUUUGAUAUUUUAUACUGGCCUAAUUCAAGUCUUGCAAGGAAAUCGAGUUUAUGUUCACAAAUGCUAUUGUGCGAAGCAAAGCUGGCCUGUACUGAAACCUAAACUAUGGUGGUGUAAGACCCCCGUGUGCACGCCGCGGGGGGGGGGGGAAUCUAAACUGUGGUCGAACGCAGUUAUUAUCACAAUGAGCAAUGUCGAUUCCCUUGUAUAUUUGUACGUAGGACAUUAGUUCUCCAUAUUCUGAUCAACUUGCCUUUUCACUUCAGCGUUCUUUUCUUGGUGUUC